GAUGAGUGUAAAACAGGACUACAUAACUGCCACGAUGAUGCAUACUGCACCAACACCAAGCGUUCCUUCACUUGUACUUGUAAGCCAGGAUAUACUGGGGAUGGUGUUAACUGUGCAGGUAGCAAACCAUACGGAGCUUAAACUAACAGGAUUUCAUCUUUAGGUUUAUGCUAUUCCAUACCAUAAAGAUUAGAGCCAAUCAGAAAGCUGGAAACCGGUUUCAUAUUUAGUCAGUGGUAUGUCACAGAUCGGUAGUUUCUUGGUGUUGUGGACGCGUGCAACCACAAAAUGACGUAAUACAAAAGAUUAAAAAGACACUGAACAAUAUCCUCACCACAUAACAAUAGCUAACCAACAAUAGUUUUCUCAUCACCAAGAAACACCCCACAGGUCGUAUCCAUGAAAAAUGUUGGUGCGAACAGGCUCACAUGUGCGAUUUCGAGGGACAUUUUGGCGUGUGCAUUUCCUAGCCCUAUUAUUCUGGCCGGCUUUGCGUGCUUGAUCCGCCAAAAUUUUCUUUUUCUCAGGCUAAAUUCCCCCAGCGAAAGCUUUCCAAGUGUGCAACACGUAAAACUGAGUCGACAUAAAAAUCGAACAAAGUCAGCUGACAAUUAAGCAUUAACUCUUGAUUGCAGACAUAGACGAGUGUAAGACUGGAGAACACCUAUGUGACACCGAUAUUUCGGAGUGCGAAAACGCUAAAGGACAUUACACGUGUGUUUGCAAAAGUGAAUAUGAACAUAAAUGUGCAGGUAAAUAUACCACCGAGCACUUCAAGAUAUGCUAAUUGAAAUGUAUAUUUAAAUAAUAUCUUCUUCUUUUCUCGGGUUUACGUGCGGUGAAUAAGGUUGAAAUGAUAAAGGCAUCGACAAAAUAGGAACGUGGAUGGCAUAUUAUUAUGCUUCUUAAAACAGAUCUACGGUUUGAUAAUUCAGCGUUAACUCUUAAUUCUACCUCGUUACCAUGCUGAGAGAUUCCAUGAGAUAGCAAGCGCAUGCGCCAAUCAGUGCAACGUUUGUCGCCGAUCAGAUUGACUUUUUAUCGCUGUAUUUGAGGAUUUUUUCGAAAAAUACAGCUCUUUUAUCUACUAAAAAUGAGCGAGUCAUUGAAUUUAGCAAAGGAAACUACCAUUUCCAAAUUGCUAGAGAUGGACUGGGCCUUAGACGCCAGUUUGAACGACUGAGACGAAGAGUUUUCCGCAGGAUCAAGCAAAACAGGUGCGGAGAAGCACAAAGGCUCGCUGUCAAAAGACGCAGAGCCCACUUCUGGGACUAUAGAUCCCACAAAAUCACUUAAAUGUGAUGACAAAUUGCAAAAGAAGAGCGAGAAAGCACCUUCUAUUGGCUCUGGUGCCUCUAAGACGGCAGUGGUCACCAAAAAUGUGACAAAACCUAGCCGUUCCUCGAGGGAAAAAAGCGCGCCAAAAGAGCGUCGUAGCGGCUCAAAACAAUCUGCUACCCCGGGUCAAAGUUUAACCACUGACGUGGCUGCCCUUCUCAAAGAGGCUUUUUCUGGUCUUGCGGUGGAGAUGAACAAGGGUUUUAGCAAUUUGGGCGAUUUGCUCAAGGCAAAAAACGACGCCGCAUGCGAGAAUAACGCUUCUGUAGCUUCCGACUCCGAGUCGGAUGACCGUGGCGGCGGCUCAGACAUAGAACCUGAGGAACCUGCUCGUAAAAACAAAAAACCGAUGAUGGCAUUGCUCUGCCUAAGGACAAUAGUGACAUACUUAAUAAACUCGAAAAGGAGUUUAAUGUCUCUGAACAAGAUGGCGCUGAAAUUCAUGGAAACUUAACCGCUAUUGUCCCAAAGUUAUUGAAAGACAAACCUGAGGAAGAUAAGCUGAAUGAAAUAAAAAAACGGUACCUCAGGCCAAAAAACUGUGAUAUGCUGGCCGAAACUAGGGUCAACCUACCAAUCUGGAAUAAUCUUUCAGAGAGAGCACGUACCUCAGAUCUUAAAUUCCAGAAGGUGCAAAAAUCCCUUAUUAAGGGUACAACUGCAGUGGUCCAGGUUGUAAAUGACCUGAUCAGCAAGCCAGAUAUGCCAUCAAAGGGUCAACUAGUUAACCAACUCAUGGAUGGUGUUCUGUUGAUGGCUAAUUCUAACACAGAGUUAAAUCUGAGGCGUAGGGAGGCUCUAAAACCGGAGCUUCACACAAGCUACCGCUAUCUUUGUGCUCCCUCAAACCCAAUAACAACUGAGUAAGACAUUACUGAUACCAACCGAAUCACUUCCAAGCUUAGUAGAGAAACUAAGCAGAGCUUCAAAAGAUCACGAAGUGAUGGUCACUCAGACAGAUACCAAGGCAAAUACAGGAAUAAUAAUUAUUAUUCUGGGCUGUCAAAAAACUACCGCCGCCCCCUCUUCAGCAAGAAGGAGGGGGGGGGAGGAGGGCUGCUCAGAAGAACCACAACUAAUUCAUGACCAAAACGUUGAGGUAAGGGACAAAGAGUUGCAAAUUGCUGGCAGGCUUAAAUACUUUCUCUCUGCCUGGAUGGAAAUUACCUCAGACAGAAAAAUUCUUGACAUGGUUGAGCACUGUCAUCUUGAGUUUACUGAACACCCCUAUCAACAAUAUCCUAAGCCUCCAGUUAGAUUUAACUCUGAAGAGGCUGCACUUAUUGAUGGUGAAAUACAACAAUUGCUUAACAAAGGGGUUCUUGAGGAGACUGACCCUAGUUAUGGUCGGUAUGUCUCUACAAUUUUUCACAGAAAAAAGAAAAAUGGUUCUUACAGACUGAUCUUGAAUCUAAAAGGACUGAAUGCAUCCAUAGAGUAUCAACAUUUUAAAAUGGAAAGCCUAACAUGUGCUAUCCAGUUAAUGAAGAAAAACUGUUAUAUUACUUCUAUAGACCUAACAGAUGCAUAUUACACUGUUCCUGUGGCUGUUGAGCACAGGAAAUAUUUAAGGUUUUUCUGGAGAAAUAGGCUGUUUCAGUACUCAUGUCUCCCUAACGGCCUAGCAUCUGCACCAAGAUACUUUACAAAACUAUUGAAACCAGUGUAUAGCACAUUGCGUAGCCAAGGCUUCUUAAAUGUUGGCUAUAUAGAUGACUCAUAUUUACAGGAGGACUCAAAGACAGACUGCAGAAGUAAUAUUCUUACUACCCUAACCCUAUUUGAGUCUCUAGGAUUCCUGAUCAAUCAUGAAAAGUCAGUGUUGCAACCAUGUCAGAAAUUGGCAUUUCUUGGUUUUCUUUUAGAUUCUGUCAACAUGAAAGUAUUUCUUACGGCAGAAAAAACCGAGAAAAUAAUUUUGGCAUGCCAACAACUGCUAAAGAAAAGUAUAAUUUCUAUAAGAGAAGUUGCCCAGGUCAUUGGACUUCUGGUCUUUAGUUUGCCUGCUGUCUAGUAUGGACCCCUUUUUUACAGGAGUCUUGAAAUUGACAAAAAUACAGCUUUGCAACAAAAUAAUGGCAACUAUGAAGCUAAUAUGACCCUCUCCUCAGAAUCUAUCAGUGAGCUUCGCCGGUGGGUGACUAACCUACCUACAGCAUGCAAAAGUAUCACCAUGGACAACCCAGAUAUAGAAAUGGCAACAGAUGCAUCGAAAUUAGGCUGGGGGACGGUAUGCAAUGGACAAAGUGCCCAAGGCAUGUGGUCCCCAUUUGAAAAACAAAAGCACAUUAAUGAACUUGAAUUAUUAGCAGUCUAUUUUGGUUUGAAAUCCUUCCAGCCCUUAUUAAAAGGAAAGCAUGUGUACAUUAAAACUGACAAUUCUACAACUGUCUGCUAUGUUAAUGCAAUGGGGGGCACUAAAUCCCCUCCGUGUAACAAACUUGCUAAAAGUGUUUGGAUGUACUGUAUGGAAAAUGAUAUCUGGCUGACUGCAUGCCAUUUGCCAGGUGUCCUUAAUAUUGAGGCAGACAUAUGCUCCAGACAAUUUAAUGAGAGAACUGAGUGGCAGCUUCAACCAGAUAUAUUCUGUAAGAUUACUGACAUACUGGGUACUCCUGAGAUUGAUCUGUUUGCAUGCAGACUUAACAACCAGCUUCCAAAAUAUGUUUCUUGGAAGCCUGACCCCGGAGCCUGCCACGUAGAUGCCUUCUCGUUUUCCUGGAGUGGACAGUUUGUUUACAUUUUUCCUCCCUUUUCUCUGCUUAACAGAUGUCUGCAGAAAUUAGAGAAGGAUCAGACUUUAGCACUGUUGGUGGCUCCUGUGUGGCCCACACAGGUUUGGUGGCCCCGGCUACUAAGCCUUCUUGUGGCAAAUCCAUUAAUGCUCCCACAAGACAAGGACCUCCUCACCCUCCCACAGUCAGGGACUCUACAUCCUCUGAGAAAGCAAAUGAGACUGAUGGCAUGUCUCUUGUCCGGCAGUACUAUGAAACAAGAGGAGUAUCGAAGUCAGCUGUUGGAUUGCUCAUGGCAUCCUGGCGGGGGACUAAGAAACAGUACUCCGGGUACGUCAAGAAAUGGACAGCAUUUUGUCUCCAGAGGAAAUACGAUCAUCUUAAACCACCUGUAGGAGCAGUCUUGGAUUUCCUUUCUGAACUUUUUGACCAAGGACUUACUUACAGUGCUAUCAAGUGUGCUAGAAGUGCAUUGUCUUCUUAUGUGUCAUUGGAUGAUGGCUCUGUAGUUGGACAGAACCCGCUAGUUUGUCGCCUGUUGAAAGGUGUUUUCCAGUCACGACCACCCAAGCCCAAAUAUACAGAAGUUUGGGAUGUCCAAGUGGUCUUAACAUACCUGGCUACACUUCAUCCUGUUGAAUCGUUGAGACUUAAACAGCUUACAUUGAAACUUGUUAUGUUGUUGUUGUUAGUAUCAGGCCAACGAGGCCAGACUAUUCACUUGUUAGACAUAAAUCAUAUGUUUGUGAAUGAUGCCAAAUACACAUUUGUCAUCCCUAGCCACCUAAAACAAAGCAAACCAGGGGUACCUAACCCUCAGGUUGUUCUGGAAUCAUUUGAACGACCCUCUAUUUGUGUUGUUACUACGCUUACGGAAUACCUUGUAAGAACUAAAGUAUUGAGACCUAGCGGCCAGUCACAGCUGUUGAUAAGUUACGUUAAACCUUAUAAGCCCGUAAGCAGGGAUACAGUCACUAGGUGGGUGCGUUACACUAUGGCUUUAGCUGGUAUUGAUGUAACAAAAUAUUCAGCUCAUAGUACAAGGGCUGCAUCUGUUUCAGCAGCAAGCAGGGCUUCUGUAAAUCUAGAUGACAUUCUCCAAACUGCAGGGUGGUCAUCUGAAUGCUGCUUUUCUCGUUUUUACAACAAACUUAUAGCUAAGACUUCAAAUUAUGCAAGAUCAGUCUUGUCAUCUAUGUAAAAUGUAUCAUUUACAUAUUACUAUUAAAGUGGCAUGUUGUUGUUCCUUCAUGUCCGUGUUGCUUUGAAGUCUCAUGGAAUCUCUCAGCAUGGUAACGAGGUAAAAUUUAAAAAUUAAACGAGACUUACCUGUAAGUUGAAGUUUGAUUGUGAUUCUACCGAGUUACAGAAUGCUGAGAGAUUACAUGAGAUAGCAAGCGCAUGCGCCAAUCAGGUUUUAAAGACUGAAUGUACGUGUUACCCAACAGCAGAGGGGAGGGUAGGGAAAUUGGGCAUGUAAUCUCUCAGCAUUCUGUAACUCGGUAGAAUCACAAUCAAACUUCAACUUACAGGUAAGUCUCGUUUAAUUUUUAAAUUUGCAGACAGAAACGAGUGUGAGACAGGAAAACACAACUGUAACGCCACCAGUUCAUUGUGCCGUAACACUAAACGAUCCUUUUAGUGUGCCUGCAGGGAAGGGCAUUUCGAAAGUGCCGUUGUUUAGUAAGUCACGCCGUGGUUGGUGACAUUGAACGAAGAGUAUUCAUAUAGAUUAUAAUAAUUUGAACUCAAUUGAACUGUUGUGAAUGAAUAAUUUAAACAACUCUUAAUCGGCUGAAAGUGAAAACUGACUUUGCAGGUGGAUUACUUUACGUGAAAUAAAUUCUUAUACCUAACUUCCAUUUGCUGAUUUGUAGAUAAGUGUAAAAGAGGACAACAUAACUGCCACGAUGAUGCAUACUGCACCAGCACCAAGCGUUCCUUCACUUGUACUUGUAAGCCAGGAUAUACUGGGGAUGGUGUUAACUGUGCAGGUAGCAAACCUGAUAAGGAGCUUAAACUAACAGGAUUUGAUCUUUAGUUUUACGCUAUUCCAUACCAUAAAGAUUAGAGCCAAUCAGAAAGCUAGAAACCGGUUUCAUAUUUAGUCGUGGUAUGUCACAGAUCGGUAGUUUCUUGGUGUUGUGGACUGGUGCAAUCACAAAAUGACGUACUACAAAAGAUUAAAAAGACACUGAACAAUAUCCACACCACAUAACAAUUAUAGCUUACCAAGAAUAGUUUCCUCAUCACCAAGAAACACCCCACAGGUCCUAUCCACGAUAAAUGUUGGUGUUACAGUCGAACCUGUAUUGAGUGGUCACCCUCGGGGAAUGGCUAAGUGACCGCUUAAUACAGAGUGACCGCCUAAUACAGGUUGCAAGAAAUACAGUUCAAAGAAUUAGAUCUCCAGUGCUGAUCAGAACAGACAUUUGACCCCAAAUAGAAACAUUCAUUUCCGGCGUUUUAAUGGUUUGCGAAAAUAAACAAGGAAAUCAAUUGUUGUACCUCCUGUGUUAUGAACACCGUGUGACCGUUUAAUACAGGUUAAGACAAUAGAAAAAGUCUCGUUGGGACUUCGCAAAUGGUGACCGCGACCGCUUAAUGAGGUCGAAAUUACAGUACAUCAAGAGAAGUAAUUUUCGGGACUUUAAAAACUGAUCGCUUAAUACGGGUUCGACUGUAGUUGUAGCCUCUGGAUCCCUAAUUAUUAAGAAACUAUAAACUAAUUAUUAAGAAACCCGGCCAUACACAAGAUGAACCUUAAGAAUAACAAUUUUUUGUAAACAAAUUAUGUACUAAGUUAACCUCACUCUACAGCUGGCUUUCAAAGAAUAGAGAGAAGCGUUGCGUCCGUUGUCUAAGAACGGAUGAGUAAGGAACGAAAUAUAAAGACGAGCCAAUGGAUUAUAAACAACUUGUCAAGGUUUUGUCCGAUAUCCCUCUAACAAGAAUUGCCGCCGUGACAGCGAUCCUUUAAUUAUGUUUGAGCGGAUUAACUUUAAUAGACUUCAGUUUUCAUGUUUUAUUCAGUCCAAAUGUAGUUCAUGUGAUGUUACCCAAGAGAACCGUUUCUUUCAAAUUUCGGCAUUACAUUUAGCUGCAUAUGUACGCAUAAUUAAAAAAAGAAAAGACAAAGGGAAAGGGGAAAAUUUCUUUGAUAACUGAUCACAUGACGUUUAUUUGGGUAACAAAGGCAUACAAGCACUUGUGCUUUAGUUGGUUGAACAUGAAAGUUUGCUAAAUGCAGUGCUCACCUUUAAUGAAAGUACAGUAAGAUGUAUUAUACUUCGGAUUUAUUAUGCCACACAUACUUCCUCUUUCAGACCUCAAGUAAUGGAAAAAGUUGGUAAAAUCUCAACCAUCUCAAGACCGUCAUCCACGCGCACUCUUAGGAUUCCAUAUUAUAACACCGAGUUAAACCACAUUUAAUUGUAUUUCUCUCGUAUUUUGUGGGACCCACGAUCACCUUAUGUCACCCGACCCAUAUACAGCAGUGGUAAUUCUUCAUAUUUGGUCGCAAAUUGUCUUUGGUCAAGCAUUUACAAAAAUCACAACCAAAGUUUCGAAAGAGUUUUGCUGUUCAAGAAACCAGCAAAAAGUGAAAUGUAGCCGGUUUACGUCAUACCUGAGAAAAUAAUGAUUGUAAAUUUGCCAAAAUUCUGGCAUUUAUUUAUUUCAGUGCUGAAUUGCUCUCAUUUGUUUUCUUAUCCAGGUUGUUCCAGUGAUCACUUUGAAAAAUACCAAGAUUUACCGACCAGAGGAGCUCACGCCGUGGAACAUUUCACCAUUGAUGGAAGUCUUUUUCUAGCGUUCGCCAACUUUGAAAGUGACACCGCCGAAAAAUAUAACACAGAUUCUUUUAUCUACAAGUUCAACGAUUUGACUGGAAAAUUCUUUCUUUACCAGACCAUAGGCACACAUGGAGGGCAUGACGUGGAAUAUUUUACAAUUUCUGGCGAACAUUAUCUUGCUGUUGCUAAUGUUCGUAAUAAACGUACGUUCAUAUUGAACUCAGUUAUUUAUCUUUGGAAUGGAAAAUUGUUUGUUGCCUUUCAAAACCUUGCAACGAAAGGAGGAGCCAGCUUUAAUUUUUUUACAAUGGCGAAAGAACCUUUUCUUACCGUAUGCAAUCUCUAUGAUGAUGUUACGACGAGUGUCAACUCAACCAUCUACAAGUGGAAAAACAACAUGUUUGAAAAGUUUCAGGAGAUAGCGACAGAGGGAUGUCGUGGAACUGAUGCGUUUGUAAUCAACAAUGAAAGCUACAUUGCCUUUGCAAACGUCGCCUCGUCGUCAACAGUAGUUUAUAAGAGGGCUGGGAUGUACUUCGUCGAGCUGCAAAACCUUCAAAAGCAAUAUGCAUGGAAUGUAAAGUCCUUUUACAUUAAUGAUGAUGUGUUUCUCGCCACUGCCUCUCAACCCGCACCGUCGUUCAUUCACAAGUGGGAUGGAAGUCAGUUUGUCCUAUUUCAGACUAUUCCUACUUACCGGGCCAGGGUCUUGCAUCCCUUUGUUAUGUGCGGUCAAACAUUUCUUGGUGCGGCUAAUCGGCUUAGGGGUGGCACCUACCACACAAAGUCAGUGGUGUAUCGGUUCUCUCUGAGCCAGUUCACUGAAUACGAGAAGAUUUCAACUUUUGGAGCUAUUGAUGUGACGUCAUUUGAGUACAAGGGUUAUACUUACUUGGCAAUUGCUAAUUCAGGAAAUGAGAACCAAAAGAACAUUAACAGCACUCUGUACAGGUGGACCUAA